CUCUGGAGAAGGGAGGGGUGGGCUCAGGUGUGUGUGCAGCAUGCACCCACAUGUAUGGGGACCCCUCGUGGCCCCGGGGAGAGAGCAGCUGCUGUCAGGCUGAUGCGAGCGCGGCUAUAUUUAUUUCGGAGGCAUUUCCAAGAAGGUUCGGUAGGUGGUGGCCGUGGACUUUGCGGCCAGCCUCACCCGGCAGAAGCAAGCCCGUCCUCCCUAGGGCACGUGAGCAUUGCAGACAGGAAGUGGUGGGAGGGAAGCAGCUGCUGCAAGUGUGGCUGUGUCAGGGUCUGGAUCCUCAGAGGCCAGCCCCAGUGAAGUGUGUGAUGAUGACAGGCCUGGGUCCAGGAGCUCAGGUCGGUGCCGGUUUCUGACCGUUUGUGGGGCCCAAGCAGGAUGGACAAGUUCUUGGUCAAAAAGCCUUCCCUUGGCAGGAGCAAACAAAAGCUGCUCGUGACCACGGAGGAGACAUGCGGAGACCUGGACUGUGCGGGAGAAGAGAGUGGGGGAGAGAGGAAAAGGCCCCGGCCUGAAAAUGCAGGCACGGAUGGAUCUUUGCCACAUUCCCCAUGGCAGCACGUCCAGGCUGAGGGGCUGAGCUGCGAUUACAGGAUCCUCUUUGGCCGAGCCGAGGCUGAUGAGAUUCUCCAGCAGCUGGAAAAGGAGGUGGAGUAUUUUGAAGGUGAUCUCGCUAAAGUGCAAGUGUUUGGCAAGUGGCACAUCGUCCCACGGAAGCAGGUGACGUAUGGAGACCCUGAGCUCACCUACACCUACUCGGGCGUUACCUUCUCACCCAAGCCCUGGAUUCCCAUUCUGCACUGGAUCAGAGACCGCGUCACCUUGGCCACUGGGCACACUUUCAAUUUUGUUCUGAUUAACAGGUACAAAGACGGGCGUGAUCACAUGGGGGAGCACCGUGAUGACGAGCGAGAGCUGGUUCCACAGAGUCCCAUUGCUUCCGUGUCCUUUGGGGCCUGCAGGGACUUCUUCUUCAGGCACGGAGCUUCCCGAGGAAAAAACGCCACGCGGCACAUAGAGCCGGUGAAGCUGCAGCUUGCCCAUGGCAGCUUGCUCAUGAUGAACUACCCCACCAACCUGUACUGGUACCACAGCCUGCCAACCCGCAAGAAGGUGCUGGCCCCAAGAAUCAACCUGACCUUUCGGAAAGUGAUGGCAUCAGUCAAACGGUGAGGUGUUCAACAGCUGAAUGCCUGCCCCCUUGGCUUUGGAAAUCAGGAGCUCUCUUCCCUUGCACAAGAGCUACUUAGCUUCUAUUUCAGGCAUGGCCUUCAAUGCCGCGUAGGCAGCAGGAGAUGGGAACCUAGCUGAGGGGAAAGCUUUGUAAUUCAAGGGUAUUUAUGCUAGGGAAACAGACAGGUGGAACAGCCCUCGGUUGUUUAGCUGUAAACCCUGUAACCACUUGAUCUGGGAUGGCAAGAUUAUGUUCCCACAGUUAAGCACUGCAUUAGCCCCCAUGGUAUACUGCUGCCAUUCUUAUUCAGGAAGGUUUAUUGUUGAGCCCAGCUAAUAGUCCCUCUCAGCAUCCAGACAUCAUCUUGGAUUGAAAAACGUCUCAAGUGUGUACACGAGUCUUCUAAACACAGCAAAGAACCAGGCAAUAGAGUAAUUCUCCACGAGUCUGAAAGCUCAUGCCUGGUCUCGCUUGUUUUUGUGUGCUCGAGGAAUGAGUUGCAUCUGUUUCAAAUAAAACAAGAUUCUUGUAUGAGGAAAAGCUGACCAAUUCUUUUAGUGACAACCCUUUGGACAUAAUAUGCAUGUUACUGUGGCCAAAGAGCAGCUUACCUGUAGGUAAGGUAGAGCACUUUUGUGGCCCUUUCACUGACGUUCUAAAACGGCAGAAGUGUGGCACGGGAUUUGUAUGCCUAA